AGAUGCACACCUCCUGUUCUCCCUCCUCCUCCCCCUCCUUCUGCUCGCCUCCCCGGGUUCAGGUUGGUAGUUGAGCUGCCUCUCCGGUCGCUGUCUCGGUGUGCCGUCAGAGUGGAUGCGCUUGGAUUGACUGUGUGCGCUUCAGCCGGUGAGAAGAUCACUUCCUAAAAAAACAACCAAAAAACCCCAAAAACAAACAAACAAAAUCUGAAGUGACGCUUUCGUGCAGUGCGACAGCGGCGCACUCCCACACGUCUCCUCCUCCUUCCCGGAUUGGAACACCGGCAGCGGCGAGCAGACUCCAGCCUAUCCCGGGAGAAGGUGAUCAAGCUUCGGCCUCAGGUGCAUCUCUGAGGCGGGGCGACGCGGAAGGUCCAGGUGUUGUGGAGGCAUGGACUGCAACUGCGUCAGCGAUCUGCUGCUCCCCCCGGUGCCCGCCCUUUGGACGCCAGGGUUCGCCUUCCCGGACUGGGCCUACAAGCCGGAGUCGAGCCCUGGUUCCAGGCAGAUCCAGCUGUGGCACUUCAUCCUGGAGCUGCUGCAGAAGGAGGAGUAUCAGGGUGUGAUCGCCUGGCAGGGAGACUACGGGGAGUUUGUCAUCAAGGACCCAGAUGAGGUGGCCCGGCUGUGGGGGAUUAGGAAGUGCAAGCCUCACAUGAACUACGACAAGCUGAGCCGGGCGCUGAGGUAUUACUACAACAAGCGCAUUUUGCACAAAACCAAAGGGAAGCGGUUCACCUACAAGUUUAACUUCAGUAAAGUGGUGCUGGUGAACUACCCCAUCCUGGACAUGGCUAACUCUCCCUUCUUUCUGGCCCAGAACCACUUUAACGGGGGCUCGGCUGCUCCGGACUGCAGCCCAGAGGUACGAACGGCCAUACAGUCCCUGUUUCCUCGUCUGCCAGACAGCGGCAGAGGAACGUCCCUGUUCGAUCGGGGCUCCGCAGCGCCGGGACCUGAAGGAGACAAACUGAGACUGGACACGUUCCCUUUCCUCGGUUCAGGUACCCCGUGCUACUCCAAACCCCCUUCCCUGCUGGGCCCGUACCCCCGCAACCCGCCCUUUGACUACCCCUGGAGUUUCAACCCAUACCUCCCAGGGGCCUUCUCUCUCAACAACUGCCCCAAACUGCCCCCUGGCUCCCUUUACCCCUCCCAGUUUUACCCCAACCCUCUGCAGAGCAGCCUUUCCCAGCUGCCUCACCCCUUUUCCUCAUUGCUUCCCCCAGGGGAGGCUGCCGGAGGUGAAAGGGGAGCACCGGGGCAGACUGGCGGGACAAACGGCACAGCGGGUGGUCAGCCGGCUCGGCUCUGCCUGCCGCCCUACCCAGGCGGCCUGCCGAUGGGUCGGACUGACAUCGGCAACGGGGCGACACUCGGGGAGAGGGAAAGGGUGGAGGCAAACCCUCCGAGCGCAGGCCUGGGUCUGGGUUUGGGAGCCGUCAGCCUCGGAGCUGGGACGGGCCAGCAGAGCCCCACCGAGAGGAGGGGUGGCGUGAAACAGGACCCCGAAUCGGACUCGGACCUGGAGAUAACGGAUCUGAGCGACUGCAGCUCAGACAACGAGAACGAGCAUGACUUUGGCAUCGGGAAAGAGUCCAGCCUGGUGAGCCGGUCGCCGCUUGUGUUGGAUGGAAAGAAAGGGAGCCUGCUUCCUCCCAUCACCUCACUCCCCCCACCGGUGUCUCCUCAUCCGUUGAAGAGCCUGAUGCCCCUUACUCCUCCACCUCCUUCCCUGCCUCCAUCACUCUCUCCCUCCAUGGCUCUGCAUGACAGACACAGGGAGGCAGAGACUCUGAAAAUGAUCCACAGCUAAGACAUUUUCUCAUCAUCCUGACCGGUCUACGCUCUGAUAACUCUCUUCUUCUUUCCUGUUGCAAUCACUCAAAUCUUUGUUCACUUCUGAUUAUUAUUUUUCCAGGUGAAGCACUUCAGUCCCCCACUUCUGAAACUGCUGUUUCCCUGUUUGCUGUGUAAGUUUUUUAAUUUAUCACCUUGCUGUCUCCUCCAGAUUAGAAUACAAUAUUUUUAGCUGUUAAGGUGUCAGUUUUAUUUUCAUUUUGCCUUUUCUGUUUCGAUUUUUCACACUGAAUGAGUGCAAGAACUCUUCAAUUUGCUGUCAGUAGUGGAGCUUUGAGAAGAGGACAAGGUGGUAAAUUGCAGAUCAGUUCUGGCUGUAAAAAUAUGAGCAUACACCAAUAAAUAGGAAUAAUCAAAACAAAUUUCUAAUUUUACAAAUAUGCAUUUGAUUUCUUGGGAUUUAAUAUGUAUUCAUAUUUAAGUACGUUUAAAAUAUAAUUUAUGAAGACAUAGUCAAAUGUUGCCAUCUAGUGGUUGUCCUAGGCAAUACUUUUCACAGGCUUUAACUUAAAUGCAGUUCCUUUUGAAAAGUAUUCAAGCAUUCACACCACUUGAACUUUUUCACAUUUCGUUCCACUACAAGCACAAACUUUAGUAUGCUAUUGUAUUAAUUCUUGAUUUUAAAAGAAAUGCAAGUUUCAAAUGCUUCUAAAACUGAAAAUCCAAAAAGUGUUGUGUGCGUGUGUAAUCAGCAGCCCUAAAUUUAACACCUUAAAACCACCGUUCACUGCGAUCACAGCUGCUGGUGUUUUGGAGAAUGUUUGAACCAGCUUUACUCAUCUGGAGUCUUUUUUUUUUUUUUUUUUUUUUUUCCAUCGCUCGCCUUUACAACAUAUUUCCAGCUCGAUCAGAAUGAACGUAGAGCAUUCAUUAAACUAUCGCCAUAGAUACAGGUUUAAACAAUUCAACCACGUGAAUCUGAAACAUUGUAUUGUACCUCUGGUUGUGUGGCUAAGGUUGUUGUGCUGUUAGAGGUUGAAACUUUGCUCCAGUUUUAAGUCUUUUGCAGCUUUUAACGGGUUUUCUCAGAGGAUUGACCGUAGUUUAACUGGACCAACUUCCCCGUCCCUGCUGAAGUAAACACCCCAACAUCAUGUCGCUGCUCCCAUCCUGUUUAAGUAAGGCAUGUUGCGUUCAGGAUCUUCGUUUUCUGCCGCACAUAGCACUUUGCAUCUAGGUAAAAAAAAUAAAUACAUAUAUAUAUAUAUAUUGGUGUCAUUUGAAAAUAUCACAUUCCUCCCCAUGUUUUGUAUGUUCCUUACAUGUAGGGGUGACUUCUUAAGAUGAUUUGGCAUCAACGGCUUUCUUGUUGCCAUGUUUCCAUAAAGACCAGAUUUGUGGAGUGAACUACCGAUAGUUGUUUAGCCAACAGAUCCUCUUGUCUGAGCUGCGGAUCUCUGCAGCUCUUCCAGAGCUAUCAUGGGUCUUCUGCUGGUUUCUCUGUCAGUUUAGUUGCACUGGCAUGUCCUUGCAGGUUUUGAAGUCUUAAUAUUAAUUUGGUGACAUUUGAAGGCUGCUUGUUGCAUUGGAUUUUUUUUUUGUUUGUUUGUUUGUUUGUUUAGAGGUGUCACAGU